CAAUCUGCUGCAGUUGAUAGCUUUCCUUUCAUACAAGAAUAAAAUCUCUCAAAUUCCAACAAGCAAAAAUCCUAGAAACAAAAGAAAGGAUAUAUGUAAGAAAAAAAAAGAGUUAAUGCAUUUAGUCAGAUCAAUGACUGCCUAACUGCCUCCUCUAAUACUGCCUGCAAUUCUCUUCCCUGCUGCUUGUUUCUGCCAUUUAACAUAAAGGAAAACAGAGAAAGAAACAAUGGCAGUUGGAGGCGCUGCUAAAGUAGGUGUGUUCGCACCAUUUCCUGUCAAAGACCAGCUCCCUGGCGUUGAUUUCUGUGUCUCCAGCUCUCCUUCUUGGCCUGAAGCAAUACUACUAGGUUUUCAGCAUUACCUAGUGAUGCUCGGGACUACUGUGAUCAUUCCUUCCAUAUUCGUUCUUUUGAUUAGCCGUUUCAAUGUGGAGAAGGCUGAGAUGAUUAACACGCUGCUCUUUGUUGCGGGUAUAAACACUCUAUUGCAGACAUGGUUCGGCACUCGGCUUCCUGUGGUCAUUGGAGGAUCCUAUGCUUUUAGCAUCCCCACAAUAACCAUUUCUUUAUCUACUAACAAUAGCACUAAUGUCAUAUUUCUUACUCCACGUCAGCUGGCAAAAUGUGUUGAAAUUGGAAUCCUGGCACUCCUUUUUGUGGUCUUCAUAUCUCAGUUUGGUCCUCACAUGAUGAAAUCAAGGAGCACCAUAUGCAGUCGGUUUGCAGUUCUGUUUGCCAUUGCAGUUGUAUGGGCAUAUGCUGCAGUUUUGACUGUGGCUGGUGCAUAUAAUAAUAAGCAUCCAGACACCCAACUUAGCUCUCGUGUUGAUCGUGCUGGGCUCAUUAGUGCUGCUCCUUGGAUAAAGGUUCCAUAUCCAUUUCAAUGGGGACGUCCCACUUUUGACGCUGGUGAUGUUCUUGCGAUGAUGGCUGCUUGUUUUGUUGCUAUAGUUGAGGUACAAUUUAUCAAGUCUACUGGUACAAUUAUUGAGGUAUCAAGAUAUGGGAGUGCCACUCCUCUGCCUCCUUCUGUACUUAGCCGUGGUAUUGGAUGGCUGUGAAAAUGCAGGUCUUUUGGGAUUAACACGAGUUGGAAGUUGGAGAGUUGUUCAAAUAUCAGCGGGCUUCAUGCUUUUCUUUUCUGUGCUAAGUGCAGUAUUCCACAUUGCAAUUUUUUAUUUUCUUUUUAUGAAUGAAUUGAAUUUCAUUUCUCAUGGCAAUCAAUGUUUUAGAUUCUCUUUUUGUCCUGUCAUGAUUAUUGACCACUGUCCUUUUAAAAAGGCUCCUUAUCUUUUUCCUAUCAUUUCAACUUGAAGUCUUUAUCAAUUUUGCGAAUAGAAAUCUGGCACCAUCAUUGCAUUGUUUACCCAGUAAUUGUUUUUACACUGUUGCAACUUAUCUUUAACAGGAAAAUUCGGGACUGUUCUUGCUUCCCAUACCAUUGCCAAUUGUGGCAGCUCUUUACUGUGUCCUCUUUGCCUAUGCGGGUAUGUAUUACUUUUCUAUGUUUUUUAUGGCUGGAUCUAAAUUAUCAAUCAAUUUUACCAAGAGCAAAAUGAUGUUCAGUGGGACAGUUUGCCUGAUUCUACAAUAGAAAUGUUAACGAUGAAGAUUAAAACACUAAAGACUACUGGAAGUCACAUAACUCAGUUAAAGUUUUGUAUGUGAAUUAACGUUACUAACACAUGUUACUGCCAGCUGAUUAUGAGCGUGUUUGGCAGUGUGGUUGCGGUUGCUUUUCAAAUAACUUUUCGUGUCAAAAUGCAUGCCAAUGAUGUUUUUUCAUUUUUUAAAAAUCAUUUUUUAUAUCAGCACAUCAAAACGAUCCAAAACGCACAAAUCAUAUUAAAUUUUAGCAAAAAAAAAAAUCAAAUUUUUUGGGAACACAGUCGCAGCCGCGUUCCCAAACGUAUCCUACAAGAAGAUGCUAGAGAAAAGUCCAGAGUCACCACAAUAGGUAGUUAGGCCCUCUGUUCUUACUAGUCAGUGUAUACCUCUAUUCUGUAGUUGUUUUUGUAGAAACCAUAUGGCAUUCCUAAUUCAAGACUCAACUUCAUAAACUGAACAGAUAGGAAUUGCUGUGGUAAAUGAAAUAGUGAGCGACAGGAGAAAAUGAAUUUAGUUUCUAUGAGAUUUUUCAUCUCUCUGUCUGUUGGUUAGGAAGAUUGAUACAUGCUGUCACUUUUUUUCAAGCUCACAUAAUAACUCACUGGUUGGAGCCAAAAUAGGGUGGUAUCUUCGUAGUGCAAAGAGGAAGGGUUGACUUAUUAAGAAGUUUCACAUGGAAAAUAAAGAUCAAACAAGAAUCUAUGUGUUCUAUACUAGUUUUUGAACAUGGUAUAUGAAGAUCAACAGGGAUCAAUUUGUUUUGUAAUAUCUCUUAGUUAUGCUCCAUUGUUCUACUGUCAACUUCCCUUCAAGGAAACCAUUUUAAUCGACUUUUGACUCUGAUAUUUUUGUGGGAGAAGCAGCUUCUGCUGGUCUGGGAUUUCUCCAGUUCUGCAACUCAAUAGCUUCAGAACAAAGUUCAUCCUUGGCUUUUCUCUCUUCUUGGGCCUUCCUGUGCCACAGUACUUCAAGGAAUACCUUUUGGUUUCUGGUCGUGGCCCUGUCCACACUGGUGCCACCUGGUUACGAAUGUUUGAAUUGCAUCUGAUCUUAUAGCAUAAUCGUUGUUCAAUAAAUUUAUUAAGAGAUUUGUAUUUUGAUGAAGUUGUUCUGAUUUCUUCAGUUCAACGACAUAAUGCAAGUGAUCUUCUCCUCUCCAGCAACAGUGGCAAUUUUAGUUGCUUGUUUCUUGGACUGCACUCACAGUCUGGCGCACAGCACAACCCGCCGAGAGAGUGGCUGGCACUGGUGGGAGAGGUUCAGAUAUUUUAGUCACGACACCUAGAGUGAGGAGUUCUAUACACUACCUUGGAAUCUUAACAGGUUUUUCCCUUCAUUCUAAUUUUGGAGCUCUUCCUUGCCAUCAAAGAAAAGCUGAAAAGAAGUGAAAAUAAACAAAAUUCUGAAUUUGUUGCACUCCAAGUAUCUCGAGAGUGUUUGAGAGUGUGGUUGCGGUUAUUUUUCAAAGUGUUUUUCUCGAAAAUAUAUCAAAAUAAUAUUUUUUUAUUUUUUAUUUUUUUUUUAUAUCAGCGUAUUAAAAUAAUCUAAAAACAUAAAAAAAAUUAUUAAUUUAAAGCAAAGAAAAAAAUUAAAAAAAAUUAAAUUUUUUUAAAAAUGUUUUUGAAAUGUAAAAACAAACAACACCGCAAUAAUAUUAUAUAUCAAAAUGAGAAUUACAUUGAAUGGGAAUAGUUAAGCCAGACACGCCAACUUGGUAGUCUAAACUUGUGAUUGCAAUAUUAUUUAUAAAUAUCAAAUGCAAACAGUAAUGAUCUUUGAAAAAUCUACCGCAGAUAGAAUUUUAUUCACGAUAAACAAUGCCAUCAUAAUAAAUUGAUGGUAGCUUUAUUAAGCAUUCUCGAAGAUAAUGCAUGUCAUAUGUUUAAUUUUAGCUUGUGAAGAACCUUUUUAUCUCGCUUCUUUUAUGAGAAUAAGAAUCUGUCGUGCUUUGUGAAUUGGCCUUUCUGAUUGCGAAGGAUUUCUUUUCUUUUUAUUUUAUUUGGAUGAACCUAACAUCCGUUUUUCCUACAGGCUACAGAUGUUAGAAUGCAAUUCACCAUAGCUAAAUUCUUUUACAGCAGGUUUUUAUGUAGCUUUGUGUGAGAGCUGGUGUUGUAAUAUCUCAAAAUCACUUUUGAAGGUGUAUGAAAUAGAAUUUAGUCUCAAUCAGAUGCUCUUUUUUUCUUUUUUCUUUUUGCUGUGUACUGUGGAGUACAUUUUGGCAAAGCUAUGUGUCUUGGCCAUUGCCACACCUUUAAAGUUUAAACGUGACAAGAAGUUUAUCUUC